ACCCCCUGCGUUGCCUAUACGAUUGCUGUGAACUCAUUUCUGUACUGUACCCGUACCGUACGGUAGUUCCCUCUCUUCUCUUCUUCAUUCUUUGAUACCCCAUACCCUUUCCCUUCCCUCCCUCCCUCCAUCACCUUUGGCGUUCGAACCCCCAAACACUGUCCGCCCGAGAGCGUACUAUUGUUUUUCGUUGGAUUGCGGAAGCUGUCCUCAGCCUCCUUUUUUUAAUUUUUGUUUUAUACUUUUUCUCUUGCGGAACGGCUACGUCUUUGAUAUAGGGUCUACCUUUUUUCCCGGCGUCUAGGCUAUGGCGUCGAAAAACGGUGCGGCCUACGGUACCGGUGCUGAGUUGGAUCCUGCCGGGACGAGGAGAAGAAACGUGCCUGGUGAAUCACCAGUCGGAGGUGGUGCUAUUGUGUCAGCACCGGAGGAUACGAAGAAACAACACAGGAUUGUGAGUUGCUGCGGUUGUUGAUACAACCUUUUUCCCUUCAAAAAACAAACAAACAGAAAAACAACCUCCCCCUUUCCCGUGCUUUGCCCGGAAGAGCUACAGUACAGCUGGCCUUUUCGUUCUGCUUGGGCGGUAAUGCUUACUGGGUGAAACCUUUCGGUGAUUGUAGGAUCAAGCUGGCGAUGUGGACAUCGAGGCUAUAGGAGCUCCGAUAUUGUUCACACUCUUGUCGUUCUUCACGAGGCUGUACAAGAUUGGGCAGUCUAAUAUCGUUACAUGGGACGAGGCACAGUACGUCGACCCAUUUCCCUCCUCAGGCUUCUGGCUUUCGUUGGGAUUAAGGGGGCUCCGGGUUUGGAGGAGCUGAUCCGCGAUGGUCAUGAUCGCUGACAGGGAUGUUGGGUAGCUUUGGAAAAUUUGGAUCUCAUUACCUUAAGCGCGAAUUCUACUUCGAUGUGCAUCCUCCACUUGGAAAGAUGCUUGUGGGUCUUUCGGGUUGGAUGGCCGGGUAUAAUGGCUCUUUCGAGUUCAAGUCUGGGGAAGUUUACCCCGAAGAGCUCAACUAUACCUUCAUGAGAGUCUUCAAUGCUACCUUCGGAGCUCUGUGUGUGCCUCUUGCCUACUUCACCGCUAAGGAAUUGAGGCUUUCCAAGCCUGCAGUAUGGCUGGUGACUUUGAUGGUUUUGUGCGGUAUGUUGGGGAUCCGGAAUUUUAUGUAGCAUGAGCUGAUAUUUGUUUCGAUGCAGAGAAUUCCUAUGCCGCCAUCAGCAGGUUUAUCCUACUCGAUUCUAUGCUUCUGUUCUUCACCUUCACCACUAUGCUUUGCUUCGCGCGAUUCCAUAGACUCCAGACCAAGUCUUUCUCGCUCCAGUGGUGGCUCUGGCUAAUUCUUUGCGGACUCUCGAUCGGUUGUGUCUGCAGGUGGGUUUGCACUGAUCCGUUAUAACUGGCGCUUACUGAUCCGCGCAGUGUUAAAUGGGUUGGACUGUUUGUUACCGGAGUUGUUGGCCUUUACACUGUCGAGGACUUGUGGAACAAAUUCGGAGAUCUUAAGAUGCCCAAGGUUCGUUUAGGCCUUUUCUUGCCCGUGAAACACCAGCUCAUAGUGCCGUAGAUUGUGUAUGCACAACAUUGGAUUGCCCGCAUCAUUGGCCUUAUUGUGAUCCCCAUGGUUGUCUACAUGUGGAGCUUCUGGAUGCACUUCGCUAUCCUCGAGAAUUCGGGUCCCGGAGACGCCCAGAUGAGCUCUCUAUUCCAAGCUAACCUCAAGGGGACGGAUCUUACCGAUAGCCCAUUGGAAGUCGCUAUUGGUUCACGUGUCACUAUCAAGAACAUGGGUUAUGGUGGUGGUCUCUUGCAUUCCCAUGUUCAAACAUACCCUGAAGGAUCCGGCCAACAGCAGGUUACUUGCUAUCACCACAAGGAUGCCAACAAUGAUUGGUACUUCCAUCCCCACCGUGGCCAACCUGAGCUCGAUCCUGAGUCAUCAGAUCUCCGUUUUGUUGGAAAUGGGGAUACAAUCCGACUUAUCCAUGCUCAAACCGGUCGUAACUUGCAUUCCCACACCGUCGCUGCUCCUGUUACCAAGGCCGAUCAUGAGGUUUCAUCCUAUGGAAAUCUGACCGUUGGCGACGAAAAGGACCACUGGACCGUUGAAGUUGUGAGUGAUGCUGCUGGGAGAGAUUACAGCAAACUCAAAACUCUCACAACUGCUUUCCGAUUGAGACACACUGCCUUGGGCUGCUACCUCAGAGCUGGAAAUGUCAAUUUGCCUCAGUGGGGGUUUAAGCAGAUUGAAGUUACUUGCGCCAAGAAGAAUAACCCAAGAGAUGUUUUCACUCACUGGAACGUCGAAAGCCAUUGGAAUGAGAAGCGUAAGUUUGAACCCUUUCGUUCUGGUAGCAUCAGCCUUGGGGUGCGGUUUAACAUUUACUGUUACAGUUCCAAAUGCGGAUGUCAAGGCAUUCAGGUCACCGUUCCUACGUGAUUUCAUUCACCUGAAUGUUGCCAUGAUGACCUCAAACAAUGCUUUAGUUCCAGAUCCCGAUAAGCAAGAUGACCUGGCAUCUGCUUACUGGCAAUGGCCAAUUCUUCACGUUGGGUUGAGAAUGUGCAGUUGGGAUGAUGGCAUUGUUAAAUACUUCCUUUUGGGCAACCCCAUGGUGUACUGGGGAUCGACUCUGACACUUCCCCUAUUCUUACUUUUGGUCCUUUUAUACCUCAUUCGAUGGCAGCGUGGAUAUAACGAUCUGCGCGGCGAGGAAAUUGACCAUAUCCGCGCCGCAGGAAUAUACCCUCUCGUGGGUUGGAUCUUUCACUAUGUUCCUUUUAUCGCCAUGGCAAGAGUAACAUAUGUUCAUCAUUACUACCCUGCUCUUUAUUUUGCGAUUUUGGUGUUUGGGUUUCUUUUCAAUCAUCUCACCAAUAAGUUGCCUAAGACAGUAAAAUUGGCUGCUUAUGGUGUGGCGUAUACGGUUAUCAUCGGCGUUUUCAUGCUCUUUAUUCCAAUCUCGUUUGGCAUGACGGGCUCAUCGGAACAGUACAAGUAUCUGAAUUGGCUGGUAAGUUGAUAUCAUAUUUUCUCUGAGCUAUCGACCGAACGUGCACUAACAUCAUUUAACAGCCUACAUGGCGGAUAUAAGUUUGUUAGAUGGGGGGGGGACUCUGGGCAGAUGAUUGA